CCAAGAAAACCAUCUUGCAGGGCUCGUUUCUCCCUGAGGCUUUUCUUUUUUUGACCAAAAGCUGCCAACAAGUGCUGAAGCUGCAGGGACAAAUCCUGCCUCCCUCCACUGGGAGUGAGGGACUCUGAGAUGGAGCUGCAGGAGCCUCUAGGUGGGAUAGGGAUGGGAAAGUAGGGAAUGAGUGCUCAGCUGCUGGAUGCUCAGUAACAGGAUCCCCCAACCCCCAACAGCAGUGCCGGCAUCCGAGGGAGGAGCUCCUCCCAUCACUCUCCCCAGCUGCGUGAUGCUCAACCCGAGCCCAUCCACUCUCCUGGAGAAGGCCCAGGAGAAGUAAUUCCAGGGUUGGCGGGGAGCCCAAAGGCCUUCCUCCAAGGACCCUUGGAGAUAAACCUGCUGGAGAAAAUGCCACUGAACAGAGGUGUUUGUUCGGCACUUUCCUGGAGCAUUGUGCUGUGAAAUGUCACCGCAGUAGAAGCCAUGUGGCUUUAACGACAUCGGGUGGCUCUGCCACUGCUCAGCUCUGAUCUCCAGCCAGGCUGGCUGAGCGCAGGAGGGGGGAGACUGCUUUGGAGGGAUGGAACAUCCCCAUGUCACCCAAUGGAUUACGCAGUCUUGUCACUUCAAUUAUGCCCUCCCAGCAUCACCCGCUGCUGUGGGGAUAAUCUUGUUACUUAAUUGAAGCUGGUGUAAUCUCCCCAGCAGCCUCCCCACACCGCGUUUGGGGCCAGCAGAGCCUGGGGCUCCUGCUCCUCAUCCUGCCAUGCACUGAGUUCAUUCAUCCUCUGCCCCUGUCCCAUCCUGCCCUGUUGCCACAGCCCUGCACAUGGUCCCCAGCAGCAGAUGAGGGGCUGCAGAAGCAGCCGGUCCCUGCUUUCCUCCCCGUGAAGGAAGAUGGAUGGAUUGAUGGGGUGAGGGAUGGAUGGAGGCAUGGAAGGAACUCAAUAGCCAAGAGUUUGGAUGGAGAGAUGGAUGGAUGGAGAAGCAGUAUUUUUCUUUUCCUGGAGAGCUCCUCAUGAGGAUGUUGAAGAUGUUGAUCCUGCCCUUGAUCACUUCCAGUCUCAUGUCCGGGCUGGCCACCAUGGACUCCAAGGCAUGCGGGAAGAUGGGGGUGAUCACCAUCACCUACUACCUUUGGACAACCUUCAUGGCAGUGACCAUUGGGAUCAUCCUCGUGGUCAGCAUCCACCCUGGCGCAGCCGCCCAGAAGGAUGACUACUCUGUGGGGAAAGUGGUGCUCAGCUCAGCUGACGCGUUACUGGAUUUAAUCAGAAACAUGUUCCCUUCCAACCUCAUCGAAGCUUCGUUCCAGCAGUAUCGAACCAUUAUUGUCCCGGUGGUGAAGUCUCCCGGCUUUCCAAAGAUCCCAGGGAAAUCUCUCAGUUUUAUUUACUUUGCACCCGAUGAUGAAAACCCCGAAAUUCAUCGGCCGGUGUUCCUUGAGCUGACACCACCACCUGAGAUGACCUACAGGACCUUGCCCGGGACCAGCAAUGAGAUGAACGUCUUGGGAAUUGUCAUCUUCUCAGCAACGAUAGGACUUCUCCUGGGGAGAAUGGGCGAGCGAGGAACCCCGCUGGUUAACGUGUGCCAGUGCCUGAAUGAAGCUGUUAUGAAGAUUGUCUCGAUGGCAGUUUGGUACUUCCCCUUUGGCAUCGUAUUUCUCAUCGCUGGAAAGAUCCUGGAGAUGGAAGACCCAUCGGUUAUCGGACAGAAGCUGGGACUGUAUGCCAUCACAGUGGUGUCAGGGCUCGCCAUCCACGGACUCGUUCUCUUACCUCUGCUUUUUGCCCUCAUCACCAAGAAAAACCCCUUUGCUUUCAUCCAGGGGAUCCUACAAGCCCUGCUGAUUGCCUUGGCGACAUCCUCCAGCUCAGCAACUCUGCCCAUCACUCUGAAGUGUCUCCUGGAAAACAACGGAAUCGACCGACGAGUGGCACGAUUUGUCCUCCCCGUCGGUGCCACCAUCAACAUGGAUGGCACAGCCCUGUACGAAGCGGUUGCCGCUAUCUUUAUUGCCCAAGUCAAUGAAUACGAGUUGGAUUUUGGACAAAUUAUAACAAUAAGCAUAACAGCCACAGCUGCAAGCAUAGGGGCGGCCGGGAUCCCCCAGUCCGGCCUUGUUACGAUGGUCAUCGUGCUGACUUCUGUGGGGCUGCCGACCGAGGACAUCACACUCAUCAUCGCCGUUGACUGGGCUCUGGAUCGAUUCCGAACUAUGACCAAUGUCCUUGGGGAUGCUCUGGCUGCCGGUAUCAUAGCACACAUCUGCGAGAAAGACUUUGCCCCCAAGCGCCCCGUGCAGGAUCCAGGAAGCAACACAGACAAGUUUCCUCCUGCAGAGACCUCGCAGCUGCAUCCCAAAGACAACGUGAUCGAAAUGAUGGAAGAAACUUUGUUCGAUCAGACAGGAGUUCAUUACAACAUCUGUCAGGUGUAGAGCACAGCAUUCCUGUUCUGGGAAUGGGAGCUUCGUGCUAAACACUGACUGUGAAUGUCACAUCUCUGCAAGAUAAAGGCCUUACUUGGCACAACAAGUGGGAAAAUUCUCUUUCCUUUUAACAACUGGGACUCUCCAGCAAACACCGUGCCAGGGGAAGAGAGCCAGCUCAUCCCCACAACCGAGGACACAGCUGCGAGCUUGCUGCCCUGAAGUAGUUGAGACCUGAAGGGUUUCUGCUUCCGAUUUCUUUCAAGAGCAGCUCUUCUGAAGGCUGGGGAGGGCAGCGGGUGUAGAAAACCAGCAUUGGACAAGACAAGAAAGCAGCAGAGAUGGGACAAAACCUGACAGUCCAGGUCAGCAGCCCGGAUCCGCUGGCCUGGCUGCACUCUAUACGGUUUUAUUUUCUUAUUAUAGAGACUAUUUUUUUAAAUUGAUAUUUUUUUUUAUUACUAGGUUCUCAUCUAAAAACUAAGAUUAAGUGGGGUUUUGUCUAGAGCUCAAAAUCCAAGUUGGACAUAACUGGAUUCCCAGCCGUUCCAGGCGGCACAGCUGGCUGGAGCGCUCUGCUCGGCACAAACAGCGGGACCCACUCUGUCUACCAGCUGUAUGCGUGGUUUUACCGGCUGGUUUAUUACAGUGAAACUAAUUGAUCUGGCCAAAUUGCAACCGCUUUGAUUUUCCCAGCUAAGGAUCUGUCCCUAAGUUCAAAUUCCAAUUACAGCCUUAAAACCCAGGGCAGCUGCCUCCACAAAAGCCUUUUAUACCAACAAUUCGUAUCAUUAAAUUAAUUUCUCUCUUGAAAUGCCAUCUUAUCCUCUCUUCUCUCUUUGUCUUUACUGCCACAGCGUUAAAGACUCGUGGAAGCAGCUUAAGCUCCCACUAACAUCACUGAACUAUUCUCCAAUUGCACGUUAAGAAAACAUUUCCCGUGUAUAAUCCUUUGUGCUGGAGUCAGGGGUAUUAAAUUUCCCAUUUAGAAGAAACAUUAAUUCUACUUUUGCCAAAUGAAAAGCAGAAGUUAUUAAAUACCAUAAACCAGCUUUUGCACAAAAACUUGUCUUCUUCUCCCUAUUAACUUCAAAAAGCCGCCAAAGCAUCAAAAUCGCUGUCAAGGUAAGCUCGAGGCACUGCUGUUAACUCUGGCUUUUCCUGCCCUUUCCUCCUAGGCUGGUUAGGUCUUUAUACCUUCUUCAACAUUACUUUCAUUAAUUGGAGCAGUUCUGUCAUUUGCAAAAGGAAAACUAAUCAUAUUUCAAAUCAAAAGACCUCUGCAGCACCCCAGGAUGCCCCUUCCUCCCCUGAUUAUCCAUCACCAGCUGGACGCACCACCCAAGCAUAGGAAGGUAACAGAGCUGUUGGAGAGAGUUCAGAGGAGGCAACAGAGCCCAUCUGAGGGCUGGAGCACCCCUGCUAUGAGGGCAGGCAGAGAGACUUGGGGUUGUUCAGCCUGAAGAAGGCUCCA